AUGGCGAAGCCUCUCCGCUCUCCCAUCCCCGGCCCGCCCCUCCUCCCCGCGUCCCUCCUCCUCGCGCUCUUCCUCCUGCUCUCUCCCUACUCCUCCCCCUCUCUCCCGCUCUCGCCGCUUCUGGCAGCAGCCCAGCCCACGGCAGCAGCAGCAGCAGCAACGGCGUCGGCGACGGGCAGGGAGGUGGGGCGCGCACAGGAGUCGGGGUUCUGUGACCGCUUCGUGCGCCCCUAUGGGCUGCAGUGCCGCGAGUACCAGAUCACCACGAGUGACGGGUACAUUCUGAGCAUUCAGCGCAUCACCAACACGUCUGUCACAGCACCUCCCAUCACCAUGCCCGCUGCUUCCACUUCUGCUGUUACUGCGACAACCCCACUCACCACCACCACGCCCACGCCCGCUCCCACCAACGCGGUUUCUGCGGCGGGUGCGGCUGCUAUGGCAGCAGCAGAAGCAGCAGCGAGGUCAGUGAGUGCGGCCACUGCGGGCUUAUUCGCCCCUUCUGCCACCACUAGGGCAACCACCGCCACCACCACCCCUGCUACCACCACAACCGCUACUCCUGCUGCUGCUGCAACCACACGGCCAGCAGGGCCAGCAGCAACAGCUGCAGCAGCAGCAUCAAGCACCGCCAUGCCUGAGCUCCCAUCCCUCCCAUCCCUGCCGUCCGGUCGCCCCAUGCUUCGCUCGCAGCAGCAGCAGCUCCAGCGCCAAGAGCUACCUACUACCACUCUCCCCUCCUCUCAGCCCCUCUCCCAACCCCUCGCCCAACCCGUCGCCCAGCCUCUCGCGCAGCCUCGCUCCACCUCCCCACCACAGACCCUGGCACAGGCACAAACCCAGGCGCGCGUGCUACCGCGCUACCCGGUACUUCUGUCCCACGCCAUGUUCAUGUCCAGCGAUCUCUGGUUCGCCUUCUCCAACCAGAGCGGUGCUGACCCGCUCAUUGGCAAGCGCGUGCCCGUGGGGCUGUGCAACCGGGGGUUCGACGUGUUCCUGCUCAACCACCGCUCCACUGAGUUCUCCCCGGGUCAUGUCGCCUACAACACCCGCCAGUGGCAAUACUGGGACUGGGACUUUGACCAGCUAGCCACCAUCGACAUUCCAUCAGCCAUCGAGCUCGUGCUCGGAGUUACAGGCGCGCCCAAGGUGCAUCUGCUGGGCUUCAACGAGGGCGGCAUGCUGCCCUUCGCCCUGGGCAGCACGUCCCCGCGCUACCUCGAGCGAGUCACAGCGUCUGUGACGUCUGUGGCGCCGACUGUCUUCUUCCAGAACGUCAAGUCGCCCGUGCUCCGCCAGUGGGCGCUCGGGCCCUCGCCUGACGCUGCCGUCUACCAAGCGCAUCUCCUAUAUGGCGCCUACAAUGUUUCUGCCACGGAGAUUCUAUCGGGCAUUCUGGAGGCGGUGGGGUACAACAUGCUCACCUACUUUGUCACCACGGGCGACCCCCAGGACCUGCUCACCAACAUCACAGGCAACCCGUGCUGCACAGACCCUAUGGAGCCCCCUGCUGCUCCCACACCUGGGUGGAUUGCCACUUCGUACCGCAACCUCAUUCACUACCAGCAGCUGAUCCGCAAUGGUCUGUUCCAGCAGUGGGAUGCGCUCAGUGCGCAGGCCAACAUGGACCGCUACGGCGCUGUCUCCCCUCCCAUGUACUACCUGUCCAACAUGCCCGCUGGGGUGCCCAUUCUCAUCAUGAGUGGCGGCAAUGACUGGUUUGCCGACCCCCCCAACAUCCAGAAGCUUCUAUCGCAGCUCACGACUGCAAGCACCACCAGUGCAGGUUCUGCCGGUGCUGCUGGUCCCACCGUGACUCACUUGGAGCUGCCUCGUUACUCUCACCUCGACUUGCUGUUGAGUGAGACUGCAGUGCAGGAUGUGCAUGUUCCGCUUAUUGAGUACCUUGAGACGGGCUAUUUGACCGGAUAG